GGCGCGUGUCGGGAGGCCGUGGGGGAAAUGGCGGCCAUGGCCGGGGUCGACGGCAACGACGACGACGAUGAGGAGAAAGAGGAGGAGGAGCAGUUGGUCAUGGUGGAAUUGUCAGGAAUUAUUGAUUCAGAUUUUCUAACAAAAUGUGAAAAAAAAUGCAAGAUUUUGGGAAUAGACACGGAAAGACCUAUUUUACAGGUGGAUAGAUAUGUCUUUGCUGGAGAAUAUGAAGACACGCUUGGAACCUGUGUUAUGUUUGAAGAAAAUGCAGAACAGGUUGAUUCAGAAGGCAACCGUAAAACACAACUGAAGUAUAAAUGUCAUACGACGAAGAAGCUAAGCAUGACGAGAACACUUCUGACCGAUAAGAAGGAAGGAGAGGAAAGCAUAGGAGGCGUGGAAUGGUUACGGAUCAAGGACAACGACUUCUCAUAUAGACCCAAAAUGAUCUGUAAUUUUGUUCAGCAAACGGAAGAUGAUGAAGUAGCAGUUCAAGCCCUAGACAAACCACUAGAACUGGGGAAGGAGGAGGAUGUCCCAGACAAGAACUCAGGCUUGAAUUAUGAACUGGGGAAACACGGUUCCGGCUCUCUUCUUGAGAGUCCUUCCUCCGAGACUUUAGUAGGAACUCAAGAUCCGACUUCAGAAGUUGUUCCUAUGUGACAUCCCACCGAUGGAAUUCAGUAGGAUUUGAGUAUGUAGCUUUCAUGUCAUGUCAUGUCAAGUGGCUUUGAUAACUACAUACAAAUCUGAGUAGUGGAGAGAUUGACUGAUCGAUCCAGGAUUGAAGAGAUCCUGGAUCGAUCAGUCAGUGGUAUUGAGUGUUUACUCUGUGCAGAACAUGUAUUAAGUACACCUUAUGUCUUCAGAUGUUUACAGGAAUAAAUAUUGGAUGUCAUAAAAUA